UCCAUACAACCUCAGGCAGCCAGGAUGAUGUCCAGACACAAGGACAGCAGCCAUGAAGUACACCACAGGUCUUGAGGAUGCAAUGGAAUUUCCACGGUUCACCUUCAAUCCAAAAGAGGGGAUCGACAAUCCAGCCUUGGUCAUCUCGGACGACCCUGAGCCAGACCUGAGUCCGGUACCCCGCCUGUGCCAGAUAAAGUGCAAAGAGGGCCAGAGUUUUGGCUUCCAUCUGAGUAUGGAGAGGAGCUGCCGGGGCUAUGUUGUCCGCCAGGUGGAUCCGUGGAGUCCUGCAGAACUCAGUGGGCUCAGGGACGGGGACCAUGUGCUGGAGGUCAACGAGGACUUUGUCGACAACAUGGAGUUCCCCAGGGUGGUGCAGAGGAUCCAGGCGUGUGGGCUGCAGCUGUUCCUGCUGGUUCUGAAGGGGGAGGAGUAUAAGGAGGCACUGGCCCAGGGACUGGACCUCCAGGCUCUGACCAGGGCUUACCGGGGGGAGACGUGUUCCCGGCCCAGGCUGUGCCACAUCACCAGAGACCCUGUCUUAGGUCUGGGGAUCAGCAUCAUCCCCAUUGAAGGUCAGAAGGGUCGAUACAUGUUGAGCACAGUAAGUGAGGGUCCUGCAGAGAGGGCAGGGGUGCGUAGUGGAGAUAGACUGGUGUGGAUCAACGGUUCCAUGGUGUCAACGCUCACCUAUUCAGCUAUCAGUAAAAUGGUAAACAUACAGACCCUCCUUCUCGGAACUGCUCUUGGUAAACAAACUCACAUGGCAGAUGUGUGUGUGUCUCUGUAUGUGUCUCUGUAUGUGUCUUCGUAUGUCUGUGUGUGUGCACGUGCGAGCACGUUCCUCAUUUCUCCCUCAAGUUUAGCUCUUUAUACUGCUCAGGUGAAGAAAUGUAGCGUCUAUGUGACCGUCCUAGUCAUCGACAGAGAAAGUGAAGCGAGCUACAUCCGGCGGAAACUGCCCAUCUUGCCUAUCAUGGCCGGCUCUCACAACCUGCCACACAGACCCACAACGAUGCAUCUGGUGCAGGGGUCAGAUGGAUACGGCUUCCUAUUACGACAAGAGAGGUUGUCAUCAGGGGGUCGUAUUGCUCACGUACUCCGUGAGGUGGAUGUGGGGAGUCCAGCAGAAGAGGCUGGUAUGCAGGAUGGAGACUUGCUGCUGGCGGUCAAUGGGCAGCCUUCAGAGUCCAUGCAGCAUGAGGAUAUUGUCAGGAAAGUGAGGAAGAGUGGCAAGCAGGUUAGCCUCACCACCAUACCCAUACAUGGAAGAGACUUCUACACACAGUUGGGUAUAUCUCCCCUGCUAUUUCAUGAGGACAAUCUGCCAGAAGGAGAGGGGAAGAGGAAGACACAGUCCCCUUGCACUGAGAUUCAGGAUGGGCUGAGGAAAAGCGAGCAUGGUUCACUUCCCUGUCCAAGACUCUGUGUCCUCCAGAGAGAAGAAUCUGGCUUUGGGUUUAAUCUGGGCUGUGUUCAACAUGAGCCAGGAACUUUCAUAGGCCAGGUGGUGGUAAAGGGCUCAGGACAUAGGGCUGGACUGUGGGAAGGGGAUGUAGUUGUGGAAGUGAAUGGCCAGAAUGUAGAGAAUGAGUACUUUGAGGACGUUGUGAUGCUGAUAAAGAAGAGCGAGUCGUCUUUGAAAUUACUGGUUGUGGAGAGGUCAGGGUAUGAGAGAUUCAAACAUAGUGGGCUUCCAAUCACUCCUGGGGUCAUACUCCACAGCACUCAGGUUUUAGAGAAAACGAAUGACGCUUUCUUGUGAUGGAAUGCUGAGAAGUGACCCAAGUCAUUAUGAAGACAACAUUAGGCAUCUCACCUAACAGAGGAGGAUCUGGCACUGACACAGCAUCAACAACAAACAGCUGCAGUCACUCAUUCCUGUGCCAAUGGUAACACAGCUAAUCAAUGCAGGAUGAAAUCAAUGAAGCUGUUCCCUCUACUUCUGAAUACAACCUGAAAGAGAAGGGCUGAAAUAGAUGCUUGGCCUGGGCUACGUCCCAAAUGGCAUCCUAUUCCCUAUAUAGUGCACUACUUUUGACCAGGGCCCUAUGGGGGGGAAAGGGUGCCAUUGGGGGCACAACCAUGGUGAGUCUGCUUCCAUUUGAAACAUGUCAGAUGAUUUAAUCCCUUCUCUCCACAUCUCCCAAUCUCCCAAUCUCACAUGUCCUCUUUGUCAGGACUAUGCCGAUAGAGCUAUGCCAUGACCUGCUUCUUGCAAAGGAGGAUUUGCAGAGUAGAAUGCACACUGUUUAAAUUGUUGAUAUCUCAUGUGUAUGUGAUGGGAUAAUGAAGUUUAGGUUUAUUCUAAGGUGAAAUCAGGAUAAACAAAAUAAGACGGGAAAAACAUCAGUGGGGCUCAUUUGAGAAUAUAUGAUCAUUAUUGUAUGCGAUGAUUCAAGGAGGUGCACAAAGUUUAAAGAUCUAUCAUUAAGCACUUGACGAGCCAUACAAUUGCAUAAAACUAGUUCAAUGUACAGUAUAUAGCUAUGCAAGUAUAGACAAAAUUAUGUCUUGUUUAUUUUGAGUAUUUACGUUUUUUGCUUCUAAUGUGUUGAUCCUUGUUUGUGUCAUCAAACAACACAAAAUUAUAAAGUCCAUUACAAGCUGAAUUAUCUGAAUUCUGAUGGGUAAAGGUGGAAGGAGAUUCAGUGAGUAUCUACAGUGCACGCACAAUACCUACUUUAACCUUUGCAGAAUUUCAUAUUAAAGCUAAUUCUGAAGAUAGCCUGACCAGGACUCGAACCUGGAUUCCUUCGAUACAUUUACCAUUACACUAAGAGGUCUUAACCUCUUGACGAGGUCGUGCAAUCACUAAGGUCGCACUCAUGCAUUUCCUCAUCUCCUCUAUUUCUGCUGCAACGAUCUGAGAAGAUAUAUGGAAACCUACCAAGGAACCUGAUUCAACCUGUCCAGAUUUUAUUUUCAGAUCAUUGUCAAUGAAGGAUAACAGAAGAGGAGAUAAAGCAUCUUUAGACUAUAUUGAUUCCCCAUAGUGUACAUCUCAGUAGUCAACAAUUACCUAUAUUUUCCUUAAUCUUCUGUGAGAUUUAGUUGAGGUUUAGUUUAGGCAAGGUUUAGUUGAGGCCUACUUUAUCAGUCCAGACAAGGACACGUGGAGAGGAAACCACUUUGGACUAUUGAAAUACACCCCUGGAUGGUGCAAUAGCUUUGUUGUGGAUGACGUGGACAGGUUUCUUAAGGGAGCAUGGCAGCAGCGGGCAGCUCGAUACUGAGUUUCCUGAAGUCCCACAAGGAGAUGGAAGACAUUGUGUCGGAGGACCGGACGAAGAAGAGGGCGGAUGGCGAGAAGAAGCGAGGCGCAAGUUGCAAACCCGAACCGACUGCAAAAUACAAGCCGAGUACUUUCUCUUUUGGGUCAAGUACAGGAGAGAAAAAUGCAUGUUACGCGCCUGAAGACCCUGAGCAGCCGACGGAUAGUGAACUUCAAAUUGAUCCUGACAAAAGUGAGGAGAAAGAACCUGUGUCAUCAGGUGAGGUGAAGGUUUCCGAGCCUCACCCCAGUGAUCAGGAAAAUGUCCGAGAUGACUCUGGCACAGUGGGAGUACGAUUAGUGGAGAAAGUGGAUCCAUGCCUAUUGGUCGUCGUAUUUGUGGGGGGAACGGCACCUCCGUACCUUCAGGCUCUGAUCAGUCCCUACACCCAAAGGAGGGCAUU